AUGGCUCCUUUUAGGCAAGAUAGCUAUUUCAUCAUAUAUCCAGGGUCGCAGUAUGCCUUGGUGCAGUUUGGUAUGAGAGAAGAAACCCUGUACCCACCACAAUUGAAAAUCCCAGUCGACGUAUAUCGCACAAGCGAGGGUAAGCUCACUACAAAGAAAGAAGGUAAUGAACACGUUAGCCCGUUAUGUGACGGUCGAAUUGUGGACUUGGAUGCAUUCCUCUUUUUCAUCAAGUUGGUGUACAGAUCAUACUUGGCGCAGCGUUCAAGGUUUGGAGCCAGUCCAGAGGUGUUUGACAUGGAACUAUCUAACAUCCCUAUGCUGCUCUUGAGCCAUUCUUCUUGGUCGCAUUUUCAAUUAGAGACCAUCACCCAGUUUGUUUUCGAGCAGCUGCAAAUUAACAACUUCAUGCUCUUACCCUCAAACCUGGCGUGCUCCUAUGCACUUGGAUCUCUACAAAAUUGCGUAGUUAUUGAUAUCCACGCCACUGGUACCGACGUUACGCCAAUUCUAGACUAUAUUCAAUUGACACAUCUGUCUGCGAAAUCAAAGUUCGGUGGGAAUUGCAUUGACGAAGCACUUUCGGGACUACUUCGACAGUGGACCCCUGAACAAAUUGAAGAUUUAAAGAAGUCUAGUGUUUUUGAAGUUUUGAGUGAGGAUGCAAAGAAAACUUCCACAUUGAAUUUUCAGAGUGAAGAAGACGAGGGCGCGUUGGACGUGGCUGCUCUAAUUACCAGCGAUCGUGAUACUCGAGAACUGCUAGAAGAGCGGGAAAAAAACCAGGCCUCUCAACAGUUGUCAAACAGCGAUCAAGAGACUAAUGUGUUCGCCGAGCGUAAUGGGAAGCAAGUCGUUGUGGGCAAGCAGAGAUUCAGAGGCUGCGAAAAACUGAUCGCCGAAAUAUCUAAGUGCGUCGGGAAUGUGCUGGCUCAAAUCGAUGACUUCCACAAAUUGAGGGCUAUCUGGGAAAAUAUCGUAAUUAUAGGAGGCACAUCGUCAAUAUCUGGUUUCAAGGAGGCUGUGGUACAGAAGCUUGUUGAGGACCAUUUGGUUGAGGAGCCCGCAUCCGAAAAAGCCACCAGGGAAGAGGAAUAUCAGGCGGCUAACAAGAAAAAGGCCAAGAUCGCUUUUCGGAGCACCGUUGACUACCUUCAAGUGCCAUCCGUGAUAAAACUAGCUAAAUAUCCAGAGUACUUUCCCGAAUGGAAAAAACAUGGAUAUAGCGAGCUGCCUUUCCUAGGGGCUGAGAUUGUCGCCAAGCAAGGGUUUGGUCAUACCAAUGAGAGCUUCUAUAUAACCAGAGAGAGAUACGACAAGAAGGGACCUUCAGCCAUGUGGGACGUGACAUUCUGA